AACGAGAUACCGAGAUCUUCCACUGUAGUCGAAGUCUAAAUCCAAGCCUCACCCAUCCUCCCAUGUAAAAACUCCAAAAUUCCACCUCUAAAAUCCAAAAAAGAAUUUAUUAUAAAAAAAAACAAAAUGGGCUCGUCAGCAGUUGCAGCAGCAGCAGCGGCAGCACCGUCUGUGCUGUCAUCCCUUCACCGCCUCUCAUCUUCACUCCACUCUUUCAGACUCCGUUCCCUCUCUCGCGUUUCUUGCUCUCUUUCUUCCCGUUCUUCCUCUUCCUCUUCCUCUUCCUCUUUACAGUUCAAUAUCUCUUUUGCUCCCCCUAAUCCAAAACCCAAACCCAAACCCACUGAAUCCGACCCGCCAAUCUCCCUCGCCGACCUCUCGGGUCCCAAUGGCCAGCUCUUCAUCCCCUGGAUUGUCCGCGGCGACGAUGGCAACCUCAAACUCCAGAUGCAUCCUCCUGCCCCUCUGCUUCAUGCCAUGGCCCACGCUGAAACCAAGAAUAAUAAGAAAAAGACCAAGAAGAAGAAGGAGAGCGUCGAGAAGCGCGAGCCCAAGUUUUCCAAGGCUUCCAGGAGGUUCUACAACGAGAAUUUUAGAGACUCCGAGCAGAGGCUUAGUAAGGUUCUCGCUGCUUCUGGAGUGGCAUCAAGAAGGAGCAGUGAAGAACUUAUUUUCGAAGGCAGAGUGACUGUUAAUGGUUCUGUUUGUAAUAUUCCUCAGACCCGUGUCGACCCAUUAAGGGAUAUCAUUUAUGUCAAUGGAAAUCGGCUUCCCAAGAAAUUGCCUCCUAAGGUUUAUCUUGCUCUUAACAAGCCAAAAGGGUACAUUUGCUCAUCUGGGGAGAAAAAGUCUGUGAUGUGUCUAGUUGAUGAUUAUUUAAGGAGUUGGGAUAAAAGAUAUCCAGGGCAACCCAAACCACGACUAUUUACUGUUGGCCGCCUUGAUGUUGCCACAACUGGGUUAAUCAUAGUGACCAAUGACGGUGAUUUUGCUCAAAAACUUUCACAUCCUUCAUCUAACUUGUCAAAGGAAUAUAUUGCAACUGUAAAAGGUGUAGUUAAUAAGAAGCACCUGAUAGCCAUCAGUGAGGGAACGGUCAUUGAAGGUGUUCAUUGUGUCCCAGAUUCUGUAGAGUUGCUACCACCACAGCCAGAUAUGUCAAGACCUCGCCUGCGAAUUGUGGUUCAUGAAGGGAGGAACCAUGAAGUACGGGAACUUGUAAAAAAUGCUGGACUUGAGAUUCAUUCAUUAAAGCGCGUGAGGAUAGGCGGUUUUCGACUUCCAACAGAUCUUGGGCUUGGGAAGCACAUUUCACUAAAGCAAGGUGAUUUAUCGGCCUUGGGAUGGAAGAGUUAGGAAAGUUAAUGCUGACUGUUGUUCAGCUCCCUUCAUCUUCCUGCACUGUUCAUUCAGACAAACUGCAGCUUCAAGGUGCUGUCAGGAAUUCAACUCUGUCUUUUGUGCGGAAGUUUCUGAAUGGGAUCCCCUACCAUACCGUGGGAACAAUAUUGGAUCUCUAUUAUAGUUACAUUCAGUAUCUCAGUUGUGUUCAUUGCAGACAAGAGUAAAAUGUAAAACCUGAUUGUAGAAAUUGCUUCGAGCAGGUUCAUUUAUAUGUAUAGGUUUCAAGUGAUUGACAAAUUGCAUGCCACUGAAAUGGCAAUAUUGCAGAAGUUUUAUAUCAUCUAUUGGAGAUGAUGAGUUGUAAAAUUUUGAUCUUGAAUGAAUGUUGAAUCACAAUUUUGACAGUAAAAUACCUGGGUUUUCUGGUAUAUGUUAGGGUC